AGUAAAAUGUCUUACAAAUUUAUUGGUGAAGUUGAAAAUAUAAAUACUAGUCAAUUCGAAUUUAUUAGUAAAGUGUUAAAUGAACAAGGAUAUAAAGGUACAGAUGUGAAUAUACAAAAUGUUGGUAAAAAAGGUGAUAAUUACGGAUCUCGAGUGAAAAGAAUCGAAGUAACAUUUGAAGAUGGUAAAGAAUUUAAAAUGAUAAUAAAAAUAGCACCAGAAGACUCUAUAAUACGAGAUCAAAUAAAUGCGAAUGACUUAUUCAAAAACGAAAUUACAAUAUUUAACAAACUGUUACCGAAGUUAAGAGAAAUACAAGUAAGGUAUGGUGUACCUGAUGAAGAUAUAUUCAAAUAUCCCAUUUGUUAUGGAACGAAUGAUGAAUUGUCAAAUGAAAUAAUACUACUCGAAGAUCUUAAGAUGCGUAAUUUUGAAAUGUUAGACAAAACAACACCAUUAAGCAAUCAAGCCGUCAAACUUAUCCUUAAGGAUCUAGCAAAUUUCCAUUCUUUAUCCUUCGUUUUGAGGAACAAAGAGCCUGAGUUAUUGAAAAAUUUUAUGGGCACGUUAGUAAACGCAAUGCUAAAUGAAAAAACAAUAGCACAAACUCAAAUGUUUUUCGAGUAUACCUUGAAUGAUUUGAAGACUAUAUUUGAUAAUGACAGAUAUAAAAAUGUUAUCACCGAUGUGACUCAAUAUUUAAUCAAAGGUUGGAUGAAAUUAAUGAAUACUGACGCAGGGUCAAAGUACAGCGUUAUUCAGCAUGGUGACUUAUGGACUAACAAUAUCAUGUUUCAGAUGCAGGAAGACCAGCCUAUGGACUGCAUAUUCAUUGAUUACCAGCUCUCCCGAGACAGUCUACCAGUCUCAGAUAUCCACUACUUAUUAUUCAGUUGCACGGACUAUCAAACAAGGUCUAAGCACUAUCAUGAGUGGAUGGACUAUUAUCAUUCGGAACUGGAUAGAUAUUUAUCAUAUUUUGAUCUCAAAGUUAAUUAUGUUUAUCCAAGGGAUAAAUUCGAUGCUGAUUUGAAGAGGUACGGCAAACCUGGACUUGGAAUAGCAUUUGUUAUGGUUAAUAUUGCACUCAGACAAACACAAGAAGCUCCAGAUCUGACAAAUAUAGAUGGUACAAAUCUACCUGAUACUCUUAAAGUGCGUUCACUUAUGGAUAAGACUGUGACAUCGAUUAAAGAGCGAAUAGAAGGUCUGAUUGAAAGCUGUUUCGAAUUAGGAUAUUUGACUGAACCAUCAAAGGCAACAUUUAAAUAGAUUUUCAUGAAAAUAUUCAAUAACUAUAUUCCAAAUCUUGUAUAUAAAGAAAUGGGAAAUUGACAUUUUAAAGU